AAGUGUUUGAUCAAUUACCUCAAUUAAGAAUGACGGAUAGCUCUCUUUCCACUGAUCCCCCUCCCUCGACUGAAGAAAGUGAUUCGCUGGAACGUAGUAUCAAGAGAGUCAAGGAUGAUACAUGCAUCGCUCCUAACCCUCCCCCAUAUGUGGAAACAGCUGCUGCAUCAACCCAAAAAAGCUUUCGAGAUACUCUCAUUGAUGGGAGUUCAACCUUUUCUCCACCACUAAUAACUUUAGAGGAAUUGAUGGCUGCAGGAAUCAAGGAAUCAUCUCAAGCCCCGAUGGUAGAAGAAAAAACCACUGGUAUCCCUAAGAAGCCAAUCCUUAAAGCUUUUAUUCCCAAGGAAAUUUGGCAAAGGCUCUGCACACCUUGGAAGAACUCUCUAAUUGUUAAGCUUUUAGGGAAGCGGGUGAAUUAUCAUAUGUUGUGUGCAAGAUUGAUGCGUGAAUGGCGAACUGAAGGUGAAUUUGAGGUUAUCGACAUUGGGAACGGAUAUUAUGUGGUGAAGUUCUCAUCCACAGACGAUUGUUCACGAGUUUUGCUAGGGGGUCCUUAUAAGUUUUUUGAUCAUUACUUGGCUGUACAGCCUUGGGAACCAAAUUUUCAACCUUCUCGGGCAAAACUUCCUAAGACUGCAAUAUGGGUUAAACUUUAUGAAGUUCCAAUGGAGUGCUACCAUGAGGCAUCUAUCCUUUAUUUGGGGAAUCAAAUCGGAAGGGCUAUCAAAGUUGAUAGAACAACCCUUCUAGCUACACGCGGGGAGUUUGCACGGGUGUGUGUUGAGGUGGACCUAAAUGCCCCUUUGCCAGCCAUUGUUGACCUUACUCUAGAGGAGCUUCCUCAAUCAUUGAUCUUUGUAGAGUAUGAGGGUCUACACAAAAUUUGCUUUGAUUGUGGUGAGUUUGGCCACAAGAAGGAUAAUUGCCAUUACAGCCAACAGUCAACGCAGACGGUGGCGACGGCUACCGCUAAGGUAUACCCUAACCAAGGAGUAGGCAACGAGCGUAGAUUAUCCCCAGAAAUUACAAACAAUUGCAUGACAUACGGGCCAUGGAUGGUUCCUAAGCGUAAACCACGGAAGACAUCUCAACAGCAGAGGCCACCAAGGGAAGGAGCUUCCAAUUUUAGCUUUGAUAAAGCGCCCUCUACGGGAGCAGUGAUGAAUGCAAAUCCUACCCAAUCUAAUCGCCAAUCAUCUCCCGUGAAUAAGGUGACAGUGCGUGAAAGUAGUAAUAAUAGAUUCACAGUGAUUGCCGCGUUGGGUAAUGAGGAUUUGAGGGAUAUGGCUCCUUUAAUGGAGAGUGUGAAUCCAGCGAAUAAGUCUGAUUUGAAGAAUGAUAUCUCAAGAACAUCUGAAAUGGAGGUAGCCCAACCCAUAUCAACACCGCAGCAGUGUACUACUUCCACUGUAACCCCCGCUCGAGAUAAAGGACCUUUACAAUCUAAAUCAGUUCGCAAGAAAGAUAAGGCCAAAAACAAUAGAUUGGGGCCCCAAGUGCAGUUGUCCAAACAAUCAGGGCUUAAAACUGUGGAUGCUCAAGCCAUACGUCAGACCCUCUCUUCUUGCUCUAAUCCUCUAUUGGAUUUACAAGGAGCAGUAACUGCUAAGCCUGUUCUAAAAUCUUCUGCCCAACAUCCAAUGUCUGUUGACUCAAGCCAAUGUGCUAAUACUCCCCACUUGAAUGUUUUGACACCUUCGGCUCGCAUCGUUGCUAAUGGAUCCUCAGAGCAGGAACUAGCAAAUAUCUCUCGAGCUGGUGGAGGCGGGAAUAUUGAUCUGGGUACUGCUUCUCCUGAAACUACAGUUGUUAAUGCUACUCCGCCUGUGGUUCUAGCACCAAAUGUCAUUUACUCUACUAGUCAAGCAAUUCAUUGUACGGUGCAACAUAAGGCAAAAUCUUUUUUCUUGACUUUUGGUUACAUCAGGCCACAUGAUUCUUUCAAGGAUAUGUUUUGGACUCAGUUGCGAGAUUGGUCAGCUAGGCAUGAGGGAGCAUGGGUUAUUAUGGGCGAUUUUAACGACAUUGCCUCUAUGGAUGAGGUUUCACCUCGCUCUACUUCUGUCUACCACCGAGCCCAUAAGUUUUGCCGUCGUUUGGAAUACUGUGGAUUAAUGUCUAUUGAUGCUUUAGGUUGUAAGUACACAUGGUGCAGAAUGCAACAUGGUCGAGUCAAGCUCAGAGAGCGAUUAGAUCGGGUUUUGAUGAAUUCUGCAGCUCAAGUAAUGCUACAAGGGGCAAAAACUAUUAAUUUGCCACGGACAUGUAGUGAUCAUCAUCCUGUGCUACUUGAUCUGGACACUGCUGCAUCACUUCCUCCUGCAAAUAAACCCUUAAGAUUUGAAGCGUCCUGGUUAUCUCGAGGGGAGUUUAAUCAAGUCUUUUCAACGGCUUGGAAUCUACAUUCCAAUCAUCUACCACAGGCUAUUCAAGAGACAAGUAGAGCUUGUGUUGCAUGGGGUAAAUCAGUGUUUGGAAACAUAUUUCGAAGGAAGGUAGAUUGGAUUGCCUCUGGGGACAGAAACACUUCCUUCUACCAUUUAUCAACAGUGAUUCGGCGCAACAAGAAUAAAAUUGGAGCUUUAAAGAUAGAUGAGGUGUGGAUCUCUGACACAGCAGUAUUAAGUGCUCAUGUUCAAAAUUUUUUCAUAGAGCUCUUUAGAAGCAGGGACACAAGUACAUUAAGGGAAGAUCUCAUGGGUUUUCAGCCUAUAAUCCCCACUUCAGAACAUCUCCAGCUGACUCAACCUGCCACUUUGGAAGAGAUCAAGGUGGCUCUUUUCUCCAUGAAGGGAUUAAAGAGCCCGGGUCCUGAUGGUAUUCAAGCUUUAUUCUACCAAAAGCACUGGGACACUAUCUCAAGCACCUUCCUUGACUUUGUUAAUCAGGCACUUUUGACUGGCAGCUUCGAUCGAAAUUUAAUAAAAGCUUAUGUAGCCUUGAUACCCAAGGAGGAUUCCCCUGAUGUUAUACAGAAAUUUAGGCCCAUUACUCUUUUAAAUGUGGCAUAUAAAGUAUUGUCUAAACUUAUUGUUAAUAGACUACGACCUUAUUUACAGAAGAUUAUUGGACCACAUCAGAGCAGUUUUUUGGCGGGUAGAAGUACAAUGGAUAACAUCAUCAUCACACAGGAAGCUAUCCACUCCAUGAAGCAUUUAAAAGGCAAGAAAGGAGCUAUGGUGCUGAAGAUUGAUCUGCAUAAGGCUUUUGACAGUAUCAGCUGGAAUUUUCUCAGACAAGUUUUGGUUGAUUUCAACUUUCCAAACCAGCUAAUAAAUUUAAUUAUGUUCUCUGUCACUUCAGUUCAGCUUUCUGUACUAUGGAAUGGGGAACCAUUGUCUUUUUUCACUCCAGAGAGAGGGCUGCGGCAAGGGGACCCAUUAUCGCCCUAUCUAUUUAUUUUAGUCAUGGAGAAACUUGCUCACAUGAUCCAGAGGAGAGUUUCGAUUGGGGAUUGGAAGCCCUUUAAAAUUGCACGAGGGGGCAUGGCUCUUUCACACCUUUUUUAUGCAGAUGAUUUAAUGUUGUUCGCAAAAGCCUCGGAAUCACAAUUAGGCGUUCUGAUGGAUUGUUUGGAUAGGUUUGCUAAGAGUUCUGGACUGGUGUUGAAUCUUCAGAAGUCAAAGCUCUAUACCUCUCCAAAUGUUCAACGUACUGUUGCUAAUGCACUAAGCCUUGCGUGUGGUAUCCCACUUACUUCCAAUUUGGGGACUUAUUUGGGCAUUCCUAUUAGUCAUGGUCGCCAUUCCCAUAAAAACUAUCGAUACAUAUUGGAUAAAAUGCAGCAGAAACUAGCCAACUGGAAGAGUGCUAAUCUAAGUAUGGCUGGUAGGCGAGUUCUCAUCCAAUCAGUUACUUCAUCUAUUCCUGCCUAUACCAUGCAAUCGAUGUUGCUCCCCAAAGCCACUUGUGAUAAUAUUGAUAGACUGAACAGAGAUUUCCUUUGGGGUAGAUCUUCUGGGACGCACAAAUUGCAUCUAGUAGGUUGGGAUGUAGUCUGUUUAGAGAAAAAGGCUGGUGGACUUGGACUACGAGCAGCGUGGGAUAAUAACAAAGCUUUUGUUUCCAAACUUGGUUGGAGGAUCUUCAGGGGUGACAAUGCUUUAUGGUGCCAAGUUUUACGGGAUAAAUACCUCCGUGGAGCUUGUCUUUUUGAUGUUAAGGCUGCACAACGUUCCUCUCCAAUUUGGCGUGGAAUACUCCAAUGCCGAUCAGUGUUGAGAAUGGGAAUUAAAUGGAGAAUUGGUUCUGGGGAAAACAUCAAUUUUUGGAAGGAUUUAUGGGUAGGAUACAAGCCCCUAAACCGCUAUUGGUCUCAAGGCAGUUCUGAGGCUCCUCAUGCACUAAAAGUUGCCGAGGUAAUAACUCAAGAUAGGGAAUGGGAUUUGGAGGCUUUACAUGAUCUCGUCUCGGAUGAGUUAGUAGAUGCAAUCCGAGCCAUACCCUUAUCUAAUUCACUACAGAACGAGGAUAGCAUGUUUUGGGCUGGCACGAAAGAUGGUUGUUUUUCAGUAAAGUCAGCAUAUCAAACAAUACAAAAGCAGCGGAAUCCCCAGUUCUCUAAUGAUCAAGCGUGGAGUUGGAUCUGGAGACUUAGCUGCGCUGAGAAGAUUCGAAUGUUUGUGUGGCUAUUGAUCAGAGGGAGAGUUCUCACAAAUUCUGUGGUGUGGGGAUGUUUGGGGUUUACCACUUCAGAGUUUUUUACUUUGGAUUACAUAACAUGGCUAAAGAAAAUGUCUAGGUCUCCAAGCUCUAAUGCUCAGGAUACCUUGCCUAGAAACACUUUGUUUCUCUCGACGAUAUGGCAUCUCUGGAAGACUAGGAAUGCACUUAUCUUCAGAUCGUUUGUCUCUCGUCCUCAGGACAUAUGUUCCACUAUUGUACAGCAUGCUCGGUACACACAACUAGCCAUGUGUCCUCUGCAUUCCCAUCCUAAACUUCCCCGCUGGGUUCGUUGGGUACCACCACAAGAGGGUGUCUUUAAGUUAAACACAGAUGGUUCUUAUAACCAUGAAAUGGCUUCUACGAGUGCCGGUGGUCUGAUCAGAGACACAGCAGGACGCUGGAUUUCAGGCUUUAUUGUCAAUAUAGGCAGUGCGUCAGUUCUUCUAGCAGAAUUGUGGGGAUUAAGAGAAGGGCUUCACCUUUGCAGAGCCAUGGAUCUCACCCAUGUGGUAGCUGAAAUGGAUUCUAUGAUUGCUGUCCGAUUCAUCAAUGAAGGUCGGGAUCUAGAAAAUUUAACUACCAAUUUGUUACUAGAUAUACGAAAUUUGAUGGCUGAGUUUGAGGUUUGCACUUUACAGCACACAUUACGUGAAGGUAACUCUGCAGCUGACUUUUUGGCUGCUUUGGGACACUCCUCUCCACCAGGCACCACCAUUUUGGACUCUCCACCAGCGGGACUACACUCUAUCCUGAUAGGGGAUUCUAUGGGGGCUAGUUUCCUCCGUUACUAGUUUUGUCUUUACUGUUAUUUUCUUGGUCACUCACUGAUGUACCAAAAAAAAAAUUAUCUAUUAAGUUAAUUAGGAUUUAAUUAAAACAGUCAAUUAUCU